AUGGCGAACUUCCUGCAGAGCGUUCGCCAAGGGUUUGGCAGAGGAGGAAACAAUAGGAACCCCCCAAAGUCCCCCUCCCCCGGUUCUUCAGCUCCCCAGACUCCCCAGGGUGGCUCCAUAUCGAACUCCCCCUCGCUGUCCAACAGCCUGACCCUCGAUAACCUUGGGGCCAACGAUCCUGAUGGACCCAAGUACUUCUUUCAGGAGAAGUAUGCCCCGCUCAACGUGCGGGGCAACUUCUUGACGUUGUGUGCUUGUCCGAAGAAUGUGGAGCUGGGCGAGUGGCUGGCUCACCAGAUUGUCGAACAAUACCGCCUGCUUCAUGGCAUGCUUCAGGUCAUCCAGGAGGUCAAUUCUGUCACCGGCGUUCCCAUCUGCAAUGAAACCACUUGUCCGACGAUGUCGGCUGGGCGGCUGACCUACACCUGGCUGGUGGACGGCCGAGCGGCCAAGAUCUCGGCCCCGAAAUUCAUCAACCGCGUUGAGAAGUGGAUCGUCAGCAAGAUUCACGACCCGGUCAUGUUCCCUACCGAGAACGUGACCAGCAUUCCCGAUACUUUUGCGGUCAAGGAGGUUGCCGCUGUGGCGGGUGGUGCGCCGCCCUCGGCAGAUGCCAACCCGGCGGGACCGAAUGGCACCCCGGACGACUGGAUCGGCAAGUCGAGCGGCUUCCCCCAGACAUUCUACAAGGACUGCCAAGGCAUCAUGAAGCAGAUGUUCCGCUGCUACGCGCAUCUGUACCAUGCGCACUGGCUGAACCCCUUCUGGCAUAUCAACAAGCACGACAUCCUCAACAUGUGCUUUGUCCACUUCGUGACCGUCGCCAAGUACUACCAGCUUGUUUCCGACAAGGAGAUGGAGCCGAUGCAGCCCUUGAUUGACCUUUUCAUCAAGCAACAGCGCAUUCCCCCAGAGGCACUCAACGGCGGCCACUGGGCCCAGCAGCCCUCCUCUACCUAA